AUGGAAUCAAUAAACACAAAACAUGACGGCGAGAGUGAACGUGCAUUCAAUGAAAUUAUUACUGAAAACAAGGAAGAAGUUUAUAUGAAGAUUGUAAAAGAACACGCUGUAUCAUCAUCAUCAACUCACAAAGAUGAGGAAAAAAUUUUGCGCUUUGCUCAAGUUCAAUCAGAAAAACAAGCCUUCUUAGACGAACAUGGCGAUAGAUAUGGUUACAAUGGAAGAAUUGAUCAGAUUAGAGAAGAGGAGUACCCGCAAUUAAAAAAUGGCGUCUAUCUAGACCAUGCAGGAACGACAACAUACCCUCAAAGCACUCUCGAAAACCUUAAAGCUGAUCUCACCGCUAACCUCUAUGGCAACCCACACAGCAAGUCUCCAAGCUCCAUGCUGGCAACAAAAAAGGUCGAGGCUGUCCGCAAUCAAAUUCUCAACUACUUUGAUUGCACUCCCGGAGAUUAUCAAGUAGUGUUUACUCAAAAUUCAACUGCUGCAAUAAAACUAGUUGGAGAAAUCUUUCCAUGGCAGAGCAAAAAAAGCUGGUUUAAAUAUUUGAGAGAAAAUCAUACAAGCAUUGUUGGUUUGAGAACACUUGCUAAGGAACAUGGAGCUGAUAUCGGCGUGCUUACCGAAGCAGAAGUAGAAAUCUUUAUUGAAACUGGUCGUAAUAACAGUCAGCUUAAAGCGCAAGAUGAUGGCCAAGUUGUCUAUAAUCUUUUUGCGUAUCCUGGUCAAUGUAACUUUUCGGGAAUGAAGUUCCCGUUAAACUGGACACAACGCAUGAAAGAAAAUCAUAGUACAGAGACGUCAAAAGUAUUGGUUUUGUUAGACGCAGCAUCAUAUGUCACUUCAUCACAACUGUCUUUAAGAGACACCAAAUCGUCACCUGAUUUCGUAGAUCUAAGCUUUUACAAAUUGUUUGGAUAUCCAACUGGGCUCGGUGCUUUACUGGUAAAGACCGAACUUGCGCCAAUUUUGAAAAAGCGCUAUUUUGGUGGUGGGACAGUUUCGGGACUUCUCUAUGAUGCAGAUUAUGCUCAAUUUUGGCCAUCCAUCUCAGAAACUUUUGAGGAUGGAACCAUAAACUUUUUAAAUAUUAUCGCACUUUCUCAUGCGUUUGCUGCAUUCGAAAACCUUUAUAAGUCGAUCAAUUACGUCAACAUGCACACAUCCGCGCUUAUAUCCUAUCUUUAUUCGCAGCUGUCCGCAAUGAAACAUUAUAACGGAGUGCCUGUUUGCGAAAUAUUUAGUUCUAGAGAUUUUCACGAUCCAAAAGCGCAAGGACCAAUCUUGAACCUUAACUUUAAGAAGGCUGAUGGGUCAUGGAUAGGAUAUGUAGAAGUAGAAAACUUGGCAUGCAGCAAUAAUAUACACUUGAGAGUGGGAGGUUUUUGCAAUCCUGGUAGCGUUACCAAGUGGUUUAAUAUUACUCAGGACGAGAUGAUGACGGCUUACAAGUCAGGAAAAUCGUGUGGGGAUAGUCGAGAUAUUGUGAAUAAGAAACCGAUUGGAUCGGUCCGUAUCUCCCUAGGCGCAAUGACAACGAUUGAUGAUGUGUUAGCCUUUAUUAAUUUUGCAAAAGAACAUUUUAUUGAAGUAAAUCCGCCUGUCGGCAAAUCUGCGCGUUUAUCAGGGUCAUUUGUUCGUCAAGGAUUUACUGCUAAUUCCCAGUUGCAAAUUAUUCAACAAAUAUCAAUGUAUGGUCAAGAUUGGGUGUUGGCUGAUGCAUCAUUAGGAAGUGCUUUGAAUCAAAAGGGCGAAAGUACAUUCCUGUUGAUUCCGAAAAACUUUGAAGGCUUAAAAUACUUAAAAGGUCAAAUUGAGUCAGACAAAAGUCAAGAAACGGACACAAAAUUUCCGAAACCUUUAUUCUCGUCGGAAGUGGUCAAUAAUGGGUAUGCUUUUGAACAAUACGCGAAAGGAAUAACUUAUGGUAAUAGUGAAGUGUCCGUCGAGGAUGCUACUCCCGAAACUCAUACAUCGUUUAUAGAUGGUCUAUUCAUGUUCUUAG